AUGUCAAAUUCUGAUACUAGUCCUGAGUGUAAUGAUACUUCUAGCAAUGAAUCAUUAAGUGAAGAUAAUAUUAGUGUGGACCUUAAUAUUAUUACAGAUUAUUCUGAUAAAACUAGUGAUACAGACCAUUUUAAUAAAAAUAAUAAUCCAAACCGUUCUAAUAAAAAACCUGGUAAUAAACCUAAAUUGCGAAAAAACCCUAGUUGGGUUUGGCAGUAUUUUCGCCGAAGACGUCCAUCACGUAAAUGGAAAACAUGUGGAAAUUGUACUGUAAUUGUGAAAAGUAAAAAGGCACCAAAUGGACAACGGGAGUGUGGGCAGUUAGUUAAGACUCAAGGUUUAACUGGUAACUUUCAAACAUAUUUAAAUACACAUGGAAUUACUAAACCUACCAAACCAACUAUUACUGAAAUGUUUCAUCAUGCUGCUAGACAAAAUACCCGUCAAAAAGAAUCCAUCAAUUAUACUUUG